UGCGUCCUGGGCAUUUGCCGGUGAGCUUGGGAGAGCAGUGGGCGCUGAGGCGCUGCAGGUGGCUCUCCUCAGGAUUAUUACAGAGAGAAACAAACUGGAAUCUGAGACCUCAGGCACCAGAUAACUCUGAGAUUCUGGAAGGGGCUAUGGCUGUGGCCCUGGGCUGUGCAAUCCAGGCCUCCCUGAAUCAGGGCUCUGUGCUACAAGAGUAUGACACUGACUGUGAGGUCUUCCGCCAACGCUUCAGGCAGUUCCAGUACACUGAAGCAGCUGGGCCUCAUGAAGCCUUCAACAAAUUGUGGGAGCUCUGCUGUCAGUGGCUGAAGCCAAAGAUGCGUUCUAAGGAACAAAUCCUAGAGCUCCUUGUGCUGGAACAAUUUCUCACUAUUCUGCCCACAGAGAUAGAGACCUGGGUGAGGGAACACUGUCCAGAGAAUAGAGAAAGAGUUGUAUCACUGAUAGAAGACUUACAGAGAGAACUUGAGAUACCAGAACAACAGGUUGACAUGCAUGACAUACUCUUGGAAGAACUGGCACCAGUAGGAACGGUACCCAUGCCACCAGACAUGCAUCUGGAGUCACCUGCCCUCCAGGUAAUGGGCCCUGUCCAGGAGGCCCCAGUCACAGAGGCCUGGAUCUCACAGGCAGGGCCACAGGAGCUGAACUACGGUGCUGCUGGAGCAUGCCAGCCCUUUCUGGACCCUGGAUAUCCAUUGCCAAAGCUUGAUGUGAACUUCCCACUGGCUGAGCAUCGAGAAGAGCCAUGGGUGAAGGACUUACAGGAUUCCAAAGAAAUGAAACAAUUACUUGAUUCCAAGAUAAGUUUUGAGAUGGGGAUAGGAAAUGAAGAAGAUGCUUCAAAAGAGAAAAAACUGGAGAAUAUAUAUCCAUUUAUUGUAACUUUAGAGGGAAAUUCUCUCCAUGAUCCCAUUAUGCAAAAAGACUAUAUUCCAUUAGAAAAUCAGUGGGAGCCACCCCCAGAGGAUUUACAGACAGAUUUAACAAAACUUGUGGAUCAUCAAAACCCCACUCUAAGAGAGACACCUGAGAGCACCAACCUGGAAGAAACUCUCAACCCUAGGCCCCCAAAGAAAAAGAAUCCAGGAGAGAAACCUCACCGAUGUCCUCAGUGUGGAAAAUGUUUUGCUCGGAAGUCACAACUUACUGGGCACCAGAGGAUUCAUUCAGGAGAGGAACCUCACAAAUGCCCUGAAUGUGGAAAAAGAUUCCUUCGUAGUUCAGACCUUUAUAGACACCAACGACUUCAUACAGGAGAGAGACCCUAUGAAUGUACUGUGUGUAAAAAGCGAUUCACGCGGCGGUCACACCUUAUUGGGCACCAGAGAACUCAUUCCGAAGAGGAAACAUAUAAAUGCCUUGAAUGUGGGAAAAGUUUUUGUCAUGGAUCAAGUCUUAAAAGACAUCUGAAAACUCACACAGGUGAAAAACCUCAUAGAUGUCAUAAUUGUGGGAAAAGUUUCAGUAGACUGACCGCGCUUACUUUGCACCAGAGAACACAUACUGAAGAGAGACCUUUUAAAUGUAAUUACUGUGGAAAAAGCUUUAGGCAGAGGCCCAGCCUUGUUAUUCAUUUAAGAAUCCAUACAGGGGAAAAGCCAUACAAAUGUAGUCAUUGUUCUAAAAGCUUCAGACAGAGAGCAGGCCUUAUAAUGCACCAAGUCACUCAUUUUAGAGGACUUCUUUAGGAGUUGAUGAGGGAAACAGGUCCUACAAAAACUAACACUAACUCAAAAACAUUGUGACCUGUAGUAGCCUGUUUGUUUGGAAGGACAUUUUUGUUUGAACUCAUGAGAACAGCUUUUGGGGGGUGGGGGACUGGGUUUUAUUAGCAUUUUUAUUUUGAGAAUUCAAAACUGCAGACAGCAUAAGAAUUCCAAGUGUUGAUAUAUUUCAGCCUUUCUUUACAAGAGGUAGGGGGGCUAUUUUGAAAAUCUGUCUGAGCUCUGGACAUCCAAGCUCUAGGCAUAUGAACUCUAUAGACAUAUGAGCUGUAGGCAUAUGAGCUCUAAAAUAGCCACCUACAGUAGUAGCUUUCCUAACUUGAUUUAUCCUGUCUCCAUAACUCUUUUUUUUUAUUAAAGUGGAAAAUUUUGUGUUCCAGGGCAACCACAUUGUAAGUAUAAACAUAAAACAUAAAAAUGAUGAAAGCCCCUUUCAGGGUAGGAUCAGUACAAUGGAUAACCAUGCCUAUCUGACGUAUCUGUUGUACCACUAUCAUACAUAUUCUGCUGUGUAAUUAUUAAAGGUGAGCUAAAAACUUUAGAUGUGACAAGGUGGCAAGAAGGGAGACAGUGAAUUUUGUCAAACAAUAAAAUUAUGUCAGGAACACAAGGAUGGAGGGGUAUCACUUGCCUGGUGAGAACUGGGUUAUUUCUAUUAAAAUGUUUAUGUUUAAGAAUUGAUUUUAAACUUUAUUUCUGAAUUUUGCAGUUUGCUUGACUGCUUAGUUGGAAGUCUGUGGUGAUGGCCCUUAGAGGGUAGUAUUAAUUUGGUAAUUAAGCUUUAGUUCUGGAAUAGUCCACUUGAAGCCAGGUGUGAUGUUGCACACCUGUGAUCCCAGCACUCUGGGAGGCUGAAGCAGGAAGAUAGCAUGUUCAAGUCCAGCCUGAGCAAAUUAAUGACUUACAAGAACUUGUCUCAAAAUAAAAAAUCAGAAAAAGAUUGGGGAAGGCCUAGGGUUUGAUCCCCAUUACUACAAAAAGUAAAGAACCCACUUGACUAUUGAAAUUGUACAAGUAGGAUGCUAUUUAACUGAGAUUGACUGAAUUGAAGAAACCAGUAUCCAUCUCUUUUCACUCUCUUUGGUAUUCACUCAUGUGUCUUUCAGUGCUUUUGAAAUUUUACCCAUUCUUUAAUUCAUUAUCUUCCUAACAAUGUGUCAUAGAACACUUAUUUCUGCAAGAUAUUCUGCAAGUAAGUUUCUGAAUUGCUUCCUGCUGUUUCCCCUUCCUGGAUUCAUAGUGCACACCAGCUUAUGAGACUCUGGGAGAGGUCUUUUAGUAAAGGAGGAGAAAGCACCUCUUUGGCUCAAUGUUUUCCAAACAUCCUUGGACCCAGUACACCCUUUUCAUGUUCAUCCAAUAAUAGCUGACAGAACUAUUAUUCUGUAAAUGUUCCUUGGAACAUACUGCCUUAAACAAAUAUUUCUAUAACUAUCAGUAAACUUCUGUUGCUCCCAAGCUAGUUAUGUCCAGUUGUUUUAAGGGUAUUAUAAAAAUUCUUUAAAGAUACAUGUCUUUUGUAUAAUACACACAUAUAUCAUUUCAGGGUGUUGAGGAUCACUAAUUUAUUUCAUUUAUAAAUUGUUCAGUGAUUCUCCACCUCUUCAUUUUCCCUAUAAGUACACACACACAUACAAACACACACAAAUACAGAUACAUACACACAUACCAUUUUAAGGAGGUGAGGAUCACAAAUUCAGGCAAAUAAAUGUUGCCAGUGAUUAUCAUACUUUUUGAAUUUUACUUAUAAUUACAUACACAGUUUUUACUUGUAUAAAUACUCUUAUAUAAUCCUGGUAAUAACUCAAAUUCCCACAUAAGGGAAGAAGUCUCAUUAUCAGUUAGUAUGUGAAAAUAUUUAUUGAGCCUAGUUCCUUGUUAUGAGAUACAAGAAAUAGGACAGUCAAGCAUUUUUCUUUUAUGAAGCUAUCCAGUCAUUCUUUCCUUAACUAGGACUAGGGAAGUAUAUCUCGUCUAUUGCAAUGAAUUGCUUGCAGCUGAUAUCUAAGCAUUUGGGAGUAUCUACUAUGUGCCUAACUAGUCCUGUGCUAGGCUUAAAAGAAGCUAGUCAAGAAAUACAGUUCAUGGGUCAGGCUCAUAAAAGAGUUUAUAAUAUCUCUAGUUAUAAACAAGAGUUGGGGAACACAUGGAGAACAAUGCAAGAGAGUUUGUAAUUAAGUGCCAAACCAUAUCAAGUGCCAGAGUCAGGAUGUGUCAUUAACUCUUGACAUCCGGGUCCCUGUAUGAUGCUGCUAUACAUUUGGGGUUAAAAUUGGGAUCCCAGUAGCAAUAAACAUGUAACAUGAGAGGAGUCUGAAUGUAGAGAUGAAAAAUACCGAAUGUAGUGGCUUCUCUUUUCUCUUGUGGAAUUGCGUUCAAACCAGAACAGUGCCUUAGAAUGGAUGUGCCCAACUGCUCUGUAUUUAUACAAUAUUUUAAUAAAAUGGAAAUGUGUAUGCUAUUUCUGGUUCUCUUACAUUAAGUAAUUGUUUGAAUAACUUAAGAGAUGCUUCCCUGAACAGUGACAACAAACAUCACAUUUGAUUCCUGUCCCCAUUCCAAGUUGGAAUCACUUUUCUGUCUGCGGCCAUAGUACACUGAUUGCAUUGUUUUUAACAUUUAAUACUGAGAAUUUUAGCUCAUCAAGUUAGCUACAAUCAUUGUAAUAGCUGCAGCCUCCCUCAUCUAUAUUAUGAGCAAACAUGAUUAGAUUUUUACAAGACAGAAUGUCUCAUAUUCAUCUCUUUGUUACAGUGCCCUGUAUAUAUAAACACUA